GAUAGAUAAGACGCCAUGGAAAUGGAUCCCCUCUCAGUCAUUCAGAUUCACUUUGACAUCGACAAUGAAGGGACCCAUGCCGGCCAUGGCGCCCGAUCUCGAAUCCCAGCCCGCGCCUGAGGCCGCCACGGCACCGGCCAGCGAGAAAACCCUGCCUACGUCAGAAAAAACAUCCGGAAAAUCGUCAGCAAUCACCAAUGGAUACGACCUUCCCUUCUGGCGCAAAUCCAUCAUCCUGUUCAUCGUGUCAUGGAUGACCCUGGCUGUGACCUUCAACAGCACGUCGCUGCUGCCCGCCACGCCCGAGAUCGCAACGCAGUUCGACACCACCGAGGAGAUCCUCAAUGUCACCAACGCCGGCGUGUUACUGGCCAUGGGCUUCUCGUCGCUGAUCUGGGGCCCUAUGGGACAGUUAAUUGGACGACGGAUGGCGUAUAAUAUUGCGAUUCUGGUGCUAUGCGGCUGCUCGGCGGGCACGGCCGCGGCGACGAAUAUGCAGAUGUUUACGGCGUUUCGGAUCCUGGGUGGAUUGACGGGGACGUCAUUUAUGGUGAUGGGGCAGACUAUCCUAGCGGAUAUCUUUGAGCCGGUGGUUCGGGGCACGGCCGUGGGUUUCUUCAUGACGGGCACCGUCACGGGACCGGCUAUUGGCCCCUGUAUCGGUGGAAUCAUCGUCACCUGGGCCAGCUGGCGCAACAUUUUCUGGGUGCAAGUCGCCAUGACCGGUUUCGGCCUGAUCCUGUCCUUUCUCUUCGUGCCUGAGAUUCCGUCGGCCGAUACCAAGAUCACUUCGACUGCCACCGAAAAACCCUACUCACGAACCACCAAGACCCUCCACAUCAUCUCCGCAUUCAAUCCCACCCGUAUCUUCCGUCUCUGGGUGUACCCUAAUAUCUUCCUUGCUGACCUAACCUGCGGCCUCCUCUCCACCUUCCAAUACGGCCUCCUCACCUCCGCCCGCUCCAUCUUCAACCCCCGCUUCCACCUAACCACCGCCCUCGUCUCCGGCCUCUUCUUCCUCUCCCCCGGCGCCGGCUUCCUCGUCGGUUCCAUCCUCGGUGGCCGGCUCUCCGACCGCAUGGUCAAGAAAUGGAUCGUCAAGCGAAACGGCGUCCGUCUUCCCCAAGACCGGCUCAACAGCGGUCUCAUCACCCUGUUUCUUGUGUUGCCUGCUGCGGCACUCAUCUAUGGCUGGACCCUGCAGGAGGGCGUCGGGGGCAUGGUCGUUCCCAUCAUUGCGGCGUUUUUUGGCGGCGUGGGGCUCAUGGGGACUUUUAAUGGGUUGAAUACGUAUGCUGCUGAAGCUCUCCCCCACCGCAGAUCCGAAGUCAUCAGUGGGAAAUAUAUCAUUCAAUAUCUGUUCUCGGCGGGGAGUAGUGCCGCGGUGGAUCCGUUGAUUGGGGCGAUUGGUGUGGGGUGGACGUUUACGAUCUGUGUAUUCUUCUCUCUUAUCGGCGGAGUUCUAGUAGUUAUCAUCACUCGAAAAGGACUGGAUAUGCAGCGAUGGGUGGAGAGGAAGUUUGGGUUGGUGGGGAAGGGGGGGUAUUAAUUACUUCUCUUCCUGGGGAGUUUGAUGAUGCUCAUGAUUCAUGGUGAUGGGGAUGGUUCAUGAUACUAAACAGUUUUAGGUAGACUUGGCCUUUGUGUUUGCUUUGUUGGGGAUAGAUACUAGAUACUCGAUACUUGGUUAGAUUGUUAGAUCCUUAGAUUGUUAAUGAUAUACCCCG